UAUCGGGGGGGAAGUUGAUGAACUCGGUCACAAAAAACACACAAACAAAUAGCGAUGGCAACAACGGCAACAUGUGUACUUCCUAGUGUAAGGUGUUCAGCUAGUAAUCAUCCAGUCAGUUUUAAAGUUUCCGAUCUUAACACUGCAAUCUCGAACGCUGUUAAGCUAACCAAGCGAAAACAGGAGAAAUCAAACCUGGCAACCGAAGCUAAUAAAGCCAUCCAGAGAGCUUCAUUGGCAAUAUUAAACUCCCUUGUAGAUUCCAUCUUCCAAUUUACAGACCAACCCAUGCAUCCAUCUCAGAAAAACUUCGCACCAGUUGAGGAGAUUGGAGAACUUGUAAAAGUUGAUGAUUGUCAAGGCGAAGUCCCAAAAGAUUUUCCGGAGGGCAUUUACAUACGAAAUGGUCCAAAUCCACUAUUUGGAGGUUUAAAAAAUGCAGAAUCAAUAUUUGGAAAAACUGACAGCUUAUGGGUUGAAGGAGAAGGAAUGCUUCAUGCUCUGCAUUUCACUAAAGAUUCAGAAGGGAAUUGGAGAUUUUACUACAAAAACAGACAUGUGGAAACAGAAACAUAUAAGAUAGAAUCUGUAAUGAAGAAACCUGCCUUUCUUCCUGUUGCAGAGGGAGAUGCUAAAGCUUUAUUUGCUGGAUUAAUUCUCAACAAGUUAAGAUUUGGACAAGAUAACAAAAUUCUCAGCAAUACCAGUGUUUUUGAGCAUGGUGGAAAGCACUAUUCUGUUGCAGAAAACUUCCUUCCGCAAGAGAUAGACCUAAUUAGCCUUGAAACUUAUGAUAACUGGAAUCCUAGUGGAAGUUGGUCUCGAGCUUUCACAUCACACCCAAAGAAAGCACCUGGAACUGGGGAACUUGUUACUGUAGGAUUUGAGCCGAUAAAACCGUACUGUGUUGUGGGUGUCAUUUCAGCCGACGGAAAAGAACUUAUUCACAAAUUGGACUUACAACUAGAUCAUUGUUCAGUUUUCCAUGAAGUUGGUGUUACACAAAAGUAUAACAUCUUAAUUGAUUCUAUGCUAACACUAAGCACAGAGAGGGUACUCAAAGGAGGCCAGCUAUUCAAGUACGAGAAAGAGAAAGAUGCAAAGAUUGCAGUGAUUCCCCGUUAUGGUGAUGCGGACUCAGCAAAGUGGUUCCGGAUAGAACCUUGUGUUACUUAUCACCUAAUGAACACCUUUGAAGAUGGGAAUGAGGUUGUUGUAAGAGGAUGCAGGGCUAAUGAGCCCAUUCUUCCAGGACCCGACUGGGGGGAGGAUAAAUUUGACUGGUUCUCUAGAGGAUUGACAUUUAACUCGGUGAACUCCAAUAACGAGAGUGCUCCUGGAUCAAAAGAAGAAGGAAUGUUGUUUGCUACUGUUAGAGAAUGGAGAUUGAACUUGGAGACUUUAGAAGUUAAGGAGAGAGAUGUAACUCAAACAGAAUACUCGAUGGACUUUCCAAUGAUCAAUACAGAUUUUAUAGGUCUUAAAAACCAAUAUGGAUACGCGCAGGUUCUUGACUCCCUUGCAAGCUCUAAUGCAGGGAAAACUAAAUUUGGAGGACUAGCUAAACUAUACUUUGAAGAAGAAGAAGCAGAAGAAGCCGGGGAGCAAAGUAGGAAUGGUGAAGGGAACGUAAAGAUAGAGUAUCAUUGGUUACCAAAGAACAACUUUUGCACAGGAUCAGCUUUCGUAUCGAAACCAGGAAGCGUAAAGGAAGACGACGGUUGGAUUGUUACGUUUGUUCAUGAUGAAGACAAUGAUACCUCUUACGUACUAGUAGUUGAUGCUAAUAAAAAGAGGUUUGCGGAUGAGCCGGUAGCAAAAAUAAGUCUGCCGCAACGAGUGCCAUAUGGUCAUCAUGGAUCUUUCUUUACAUCUACUACAUAAACCACAAAUUUAUCAAACUUCGUUCUGACUUAACUUGUUUAAUUAACAUUUAUUAAUUGUUCAAGAUGAAUUUUGUUUUGAUAUUAUGAAAAGUGAAGAUCGACAUCUAGCUAGUAUGGUCUAGUUUUUUCUGUAAA